GUGGGACAUGGAAGGUUAAAGGUCAGAAAGCAGCUGGGACAUUAUUGCACAACAACACACAAAUCAGGGACAUGAAGAAACUUCUGCAGAACUAUUUUAAGUAUAAAAGUUGCAUUUGAUAGAAGAAGACUUCAGGAUGAGUGCAGCCUCUGGUGAUGUCCCAGUUGCCAUAGUAACAGGAUCCUCCCAGCGUCUGGGGGCCUGCACAGUGAAGCAUCUGCACCAGGCAGGGUAUAACGUCAUCAUCCACUACAGGAAGUCACAGGGUCAGGCUGAGGAGUUUGCACAGAGUUUGAACAGUGUUCGCCCAGAUUCUGCAGUCACUUUACAGGCAGACUUCAGUAAGGGAGACACUGAGAAGAUGGCAAAGGAGCUGAUCAGCGCUGCGGCACAGAAGUGGGGUCGGCUGGACGUUCUGGUGAACAACGCCUCCGACUUCUUCCCCACCCCCCUGGGGACAGUGGAUGGAGACCAGUGGAAGACAGUCAUGGGCAGUAACCUCAAGGCACCCUUCUUCUUGUCUCAGGCUGCCAUCCCCCAUCUCAAAGCCACCAAAGGCUGCAUUGUCAACAUGGCUGACAUCCAUGGACAGCGCCCCCUGGCAGGUUACUCCCUGUACUGCAUCGCCAAGGCCGGCCUGAUCAUGUCAACCAUGGCCCUUGCCAAAGACCUUGCACCAGACAUCAGGGUAAACGCUGUUGCCCCUGGAGCAAUUCUAUGGCCUGAUCACGAGUGGGACGUUAACAAUUCUUUGAGUAGGAUACCCAUGGGCAGACAGGGCAGCCCAGAAGACAUAGCAAAGGCUAUCAUUUUCUUGGUCAAGGAUGCUCCUUAUAUCACUGGCCAAGUCUUACCGGUGGAUGGGGGAAGGUCAUUGAGUCAGUAGCCCUUAAAAUGUACAGAAAAAGGCAAAGGCUUUACUGAAAUUAAGGUUACAACUACAACAAAAUAAUAAAUGUGUUCCUGUGUACCAGUCAGAUAUCAUGUAUUUAUUAAUAACUUUAAAAGGUACUGCUACAUAAGGCCUUGUGUUGUUGUUGACUACUUUGAUCCUUGUGUUUUUUGGAUGUUUUAAACUUACAAAGUUAAAAUCCAACAAAAUCACUGGCUACCUAUUCUAGAGUUUAUCUAUUUAUUUAUUACAUCAAAGCACAACUUGUAAUAGUUGAUUUUCAAGAGGACCCAGUUAUAUAAUAUACUGAACAAAACAUGUUGAUAUUUGUAAUCAGCAUAUACAUGUUGAUAUUUGAAUCAGUAUAUGCAG